CACAUGGGUUGAUCAUUCACCCGAGCCUCCAGCCAAACACGGCUGCGUAACGCGAUGCGUAAGAGACACGGCCAGACAAUUAUGCCCUUCAACAUUUUAUCAGCAAAACUUCAUAAACUACAUAUUUAACGUUGACAGGAGAAUUGCAAAGCUGUAUUUACUGUGUAAACUCGUUAAUGCUGAGUUCCCAAACGUCCUUCAUGGGUCUGUGUCACCCAAACCUGAACAUCCAGUUUCCUUCAGCCGGACCAGCAUAAAGCUCAGUGCUGGUGGACACAUCCAUCUCACACUCAGGACAGAGAGACUUGCGGGAACACAAGAUGGCUCAUUAUAAUCCACCAUUAUCAGCGUCUCCAUCAGACGAGGUCAAUCUGGGUGUGUCUGUCAAUCCUCAUGCCAAACCCACCGACUUCGACUUUCUGGCUGUGAUUGGUAAAGGGACAUUUGGGAAGGUGCUCUUAGCCAAAUUGAAAGCAGACGGGAAGUUCUACGCAGUGAAGGUUUUGCAGAAGAAGGUUAUAUUGAAGAAAAAAGAGCAGAAGAAUAUAAUGGCGGAGAGGAACGUUCUGCUCAAGAGCCUCAAACACCCAUUUCUGGUCGGCCUGCACUACUCUUUCCAGACCACCGAGAAGCUGUACUUUGUCCUGGACUAUGUCAAUGGUGGAGAGCUGUUUUAUCACCUGCAGCGGGAGCGCUGCUUCUCGGAGGCCCGAGCUCGCUUCUACUCCGCCGAGGUGGCCAGCGCCAUCGGAUACCUGCACUCCCUCAAUAUAGUGUACAGAGAUCUCAAGCCGGAAAACAUUCUGCUAGACUACCAGGGCCAUGUGGUGUUAACAGAUUUUGGUUUGUGUAAAGAAGGCAUAGAACCAGAAGGAACCACCACAACUUUUUGCGGCACUCCAGAGUAUCUGGCACCUGAGGUGCUCCGGAAAGAGCCGUACGACCGCACAGUGGACUGGUGGUGUCUUGGAGCAGUGCUCUAUGAGAUGCUUUUCAGCUUGCCUCCGUUCUACAGCCGCGAUGUGUCUGAGAUGUACGAUGCGAUCCUGCACAAGCCGCUGCACCUGCCGCCGGGGAAGUCCGAGGCCUCGGGACACCUGCUCCACGCACUCCUGCAGAAAGACCAGCGCCGCCGCAUCGGAGCCAUUGCUGAUUUUUUGGAGAUUAAAAAUCAUAUGUUCUUUGCCCCUAUAAACUGGGACGACCUCUACCACAAGCGCAUCACGCCUCCGUAUAACCCCAAUGUGAGAGGCCCUGCAGACCUUCAGCACAUUGACCCAGAGUUCACCCGAGAGAUGGUGCCGAACUCAGUGGGCCGAACGCCCGAGCCCACGCCCAGCCUAGCCACCAGCAGCUCCGGCGCCUUCACUGGCUUCUCCUACAUCUCUGGGGAAGAUGGCUUCCUCUGACCGGGGACGGGUUCCACACCGCCAGCUUAGCAAGAGCGUAUGCUUCUGGACGACUCUGGAAGAACACUGGACUGUGAUCAGGGUAAAUGCUGCGAUGCAGGAAACACAGAGGAGUUUUGCUCACUUUGUAUUCAUAAUAAAAGGGAUAUUUCAUCAGUGUGCGUUGCACACUUGUUUGUUGUGUAAGGACAUUGCAGGAGAUGUUUUUGUUGAUUGCACCACUGGAAAAGCAACUUGCAAAAUCUGUAAAAGUCUAUAUUUCUGCUCGUGCUCGUCACUUAGGGACUGUGGAUCUGUAGGUUGGCACUGUUCUCAUCUAUGCUCUUUGAUCUAUGAUUACUGGAACAAGCAUCAUGGGGGAAAUAACAGUUUUUCUUUGUAACAUUUUGUGCAAAACUUAAAAAUGUCAUAUAAUCAAAUCUAUAUUAUGAAUGAUCCAUAAAUGUGAACGUAUAUGACUGUGCUUUAUGAAAUCAUGUAUUAAUGUCUUGAGAAGUGUAAUACCACUGACAAAUAUACAAAAUAUAUUUUUUUCUCAUUGUAGCUAAACAGAUAUAUUGCUAAUAUUGUUACAUAUUUUUGUUUAAAGUUUAAUAAAAUCUUUGCUAAAAUGUAUAUAAUAAAUUAUUAAAUAUAUUUAAAGUGAGAGAGAAAGACAGAGAGAGAGAGAACUUUCGAUCAUCGGUAACACAGUGGUUGUUUAUUUCUCUAAAAAUUUGAUAUAUGGCAGCUACAUUUGCUACCAUAUAACUGUAGACUUGUAACUGUAACUUACAUAUAACUGUAACUUGAAUAUAACUCACUUAGACAAUCACAGAUUAUCACAGAGUUAAUGUCAAACACAAAGAGUCCCAUUGAGAUCCACUGGAUGGAAUUGCAGAGAUGUGCAUAAAUUCCCCAAAACUGUAUGUGCUCAGUUGAGAUGGGUGAUGUUUUUAUCCGAUAAGAAGACAUGCGCAUAAACUAUUAUGGAAACAUAUUUACCACAUAAAUCCCUCAAUGCACAACAAAAAACUCACAUGAUUUUGUCUUAACAGGGGAUGUGAUUAAUAACUGGAAUCGUCAAAUGGGGUUGGUUGAAAAAAAAAAA